ACAAAUGCAUAGGAACAUGAGAAUUCCAGAGAACUCUUAAAACUGACUAUGUAUGGUUUGUUUCCACAGAAAAGGUUUUGGUUGACAUACACGGGUCAGGAUCCCUGCCUGGUCAACCCAUGCAAAAACAAUGGAACUUGUGUUUACAUGGAUGACUCUUACACAUGUCAGUGUCUGGAAGGCUAUGAAGGAAAAUACUGUCAGACAGUGUUUGAGGACACCCUGAAAUGCCUCUCCCUUAACGGGGAGUGCGAGCACUUCUGUAACAGUUCUGGGUCAAGACGCAAGUGUUCCUGCGCUCCUGGUUAUGCGCUGGGAGAGGACGGAAGAGAGUGUGUUGCCCAAGUUCAGUAUCCGUGUGGUAAAAUCCCAGGUUUGGAAGCUCCGAUGAGCCAGGCACAAGUCAGACUAGUCGGUGGGAACCACUGUCCCAAAGGAGCCUGUCCAUGGCAGGUCCUAUUGGAGCAUAAAGGCACUAGUCUGUGUGGUGGGGUCAUAGUUCAUCCUGACUGGGUCAUCACUGCUGCCCACUGUGUCGUGGAUAGAGACACCAAGGACCUGAUGGUGGUCGCAGGGGAACACAACAUUGACGUAGAAGAGGGCAGCGAGCAGAGGAUCCCCGUGGCCAGAGCCAUACCCUACAACCUGUACGACCCAGCAACAGGUGACAGUGACAUCGCCCUGCUGCGUCUGAGAGGGCCUGUAACUCUGGGCCCUGACGCUGUACCCAUCUGCCUGCCUCAGCAACACUUCGCCAAGAGCGAGCUGGCGGCCGUCCGCUUUCACACCCUUAGCGGCUGGGGGAAGCGCACCAACGGGGGCAACGAUCCCAAACCUGGCACCCCGCCAGCCCCCUCCUCGCCCUUCCUCCGCAGGCUAGCCGUGCCCAUCUUGCCCAACUCUGAGUGCACCCUCAAGAGCGGCUUCAACUUCACCCAGAACAUGCUGUGUGCCGGCUAUAUGGAGGGGAACCAGGAGGCCUGUAGGGGGGACGACGGGAGCCCCCUGGUCACUUACUACGGGACCACCCACUUCCUGAAGGGCGUGGUGGGCUGGGGGAAGGGCUGCCCCAAACAGGGUUACUAUGGUGUCUACACUACCGUAGCCAACUACCUGGACUGGGCUGAGGAGGUGAUGAAUACUCCAGUCAGUGCCCCGGUGCCUUCAGUCAGUGCCCCGGUGAUGCCAUUCCUGCUAGAGAUGGCAUUAGAUGAGGUUCAGAUUCAGCAGGCUACGGAGAAGUUAUUGCCACCACCUCCCAAUGUGCAGAGCAUUGGCUAACUCCCAUUAAAUUUGUCACCAGUCACCACACAACACCAAUUGUCAUUACACUGAAUCUAUUGUCACAUAACAUUACUAUAUAUUUUUAUAGUACAUGGAAGAUACAGUAUAUCAUGCUAAUGGUGUAGCAUAUCGUCCUGUUUCAUCACUUUGUAAGCAGACAUCUUUUCACUCUGCUAUUCUUUUCAUUUGACACUUAAUGUGAAGUGUAUAUUGCAAGUGGUGAUUUGGAUGACCUGAUGCCAUACAGAAUGUUUGACCUGAUGCCAUACAGAAUGUUUGACCUGAUGCCAUACAGAAUGUUUGACCUGAUGCCAUACAGAAUGUUUUACGUGACGCCAUACAGAACGUUUGACCUGAUGCCGUACA